GGUGUCAAAAGAAACCCCUUCUUUUGAAAUUACCCUUAUUCCUUAUAAAAUAAUCUGAGAAAAUGUGGGAUUCGUCCAUUAACCAAAUCCAUUUUCUAUCAGAAUGAAAAAGCAACCUGACAACUUAUUUUAGUAAUAAAUGGUGGAUUUUAAAAAAGCCCAUGAAUUUCAUUGGUUGUGGGGGAAGGAAAUUUUGAUUCUACAUGUCCCUUGGUAGAGAAAAUGUUUCUCUCAUUUGUUUUGCGUUUUGUUUCAGAGUAUACCACAAAAGGAAUGACUGUGAACAUUCCAGCACUCUGUUUUGGAGGCAAGAACAUUUUGGCUCCCAUGGUGCGGGUUGGAACAUUACCCAUGCGUCUUUUGGCUUUGGAUUUUGGUGCUGAUAUUGUGUACUGUGAGGAGCUGAUUGACAUAAAGAUGUUGCAGUGCAAAAGAGUUAUAAAUGAGGUGCUUGAAACAGUGGAUUUUGUAGCUCCUAACGAAAGAGUUGUUUUCAGAACCUGUGAGAGAGAGAGAGAUUGUGUUGUCUUUCAAAUGGGAUCAGCAGAUGCUGAGAGAGCCUUGGCCGUAGCCAAGCUUGUAGAGAAUGAUGUAGCUGGAAUUGAUAUCAACAUGGGCUGUCCCAAAGAAUAUUCUACUAAGGGAGGUAUGGGAGCAGCAUUGCUGUCUGAUCCUGACAAAAUUGAGUGUAUUCUGAGUACCUUGGUUAAAGGAAUUUGCAAACCAGUGACCUGCAAAAUCCGAAUCUUGUCUUCGCUUGAAGACACUAUAAGGCUGGUGAAGAGGAUAGAAAAGACUGGUGUUGCUGCUAUUGCUGUCCAUGGACGGAAGAAAGAGGAGAGGCCUCAACAUCCUGUCCACUGUGAAGUGAUCAAAGCUAUCUCUGAAGCAGUCACUAUUCCUGUAAUAGCGAAUGGAGGAUCUCAUGACUUCAUCAAAGAAUAUACUGAUAUUGAAGCCUUCCAACAAGCAACAGGAGCUUCAUCGGUAAUGAUAGCUCGUGCUGCCAUGUGGAAUCCAUCCAUCUUCAGAAGAGAAGGCCUUUGUCCCUUGAAGGAAGUCAUGCAAGCAUAUAUCAAAUAUGCAGUGCGAUAUGAUAAUCACUACACUAACACAAAGUACUGUCUGUGUCAGAUGUUAAGAGAACAGUUAGAAAGCACAGAGGGAAAGAAAUUGCAUGCUGCACAGUCUACUCAAGAAAUCUGUGAAGUCUUUGAAAUGGGACAUUUCUAUGAAGAAACAACAGCUAUUCUGGAAGCUAAGAAGGUGCUAAAGGCCAAGACACAAGAUGAUGAUGACCAGAUGGAAGACACAGAUGUGAUAAAAAUGUCUGUUAGAUUUGACAAGCGAGACUAUCCACCACAGAUUACUCCCAAAAUGUAUCUCUUGGAAUGGUGCAGGAAAGAGAAGCACCCUCAACCUGUUUAUGAAACUGUUCAAAGAUCACUAGAUAAAUUAUUCUGUUCAGUUGUUACAGUAGCUGAACAAAAAUAUAGAUCAACUUUAUGGGACAAGUCAAAGAAGCUAGCAGAACAGGCUGCAGCUAUAGUCUGUCUUAGGACAUUGGGUCUCCCAGAGGGGAAGCUUAAUGAGGGAGAAAACCACCUGAUUAACAAACGCAAGAGAGAGAACCAGGAGCUAUUAAACAACAAAGAACAUGAAGAUGACCUACUUGUUGAGGCCGCACAUAAAAGAGCUCAUGUUACUGAGAGAACUUCUGACUUCAGCUCUACUGAAGUGCCACGAUAGCAUGAAAAGCAAACAUUCCACAACGGUGCAGCUACCAGUUCACUCCCUUUUUAUAUCCUGCUGUUACGUUUCAUCUAGACUCAGUCGGAGACAGAUAAACUGCCUGAUUCUGAAAAGCUACUGUACUGGGUAAAUGUUUUUUCUCUUCUUUGCUUUGGUGCCUUUCAGACAGGAUAAAUUAAUAGUCUGAAUGAGAAGAUGAUCCCAUCUUAAAUUCUGUUUCAAUAGCAAAUAUUUUCAAUUAAACUUCUGAGGUGUUUUUGUUUAAUAUAUUUUAUAAGUAGAAAGAAGAAUUUUAAAGGCACAAGAGAGAGGUUUUUAAUAGAUUGUUUCCAACUGUUGGAGUUUUGUUGUGGCUCCAUUAACAGGGAUAAGUAUGUUAGAAAUGGUCAGCUCUUGUCUGAAAAUACCGGUAACAAAGUUAUAACAGGUUGUGUUAUGAUCCCUAGAGGAUUUUGUAUGAAGAAGAUAUUAGAAACACAAUUCAUUGGUGAUGAACUAUACCAAAAUGGCUUCCCAAUUACAAAUGUCUUUAUUUUAAAUGGAGGUGUCUACACUAAGCCAUUGUUUUCUAAUGGUACAGCUGUAUUUAACUGGGAUUAUGUUUAGAGUUUUUAAAUAAAAAAGGUGUACAUGCUAAUUAAAACAAGUACUACUCAAAUAUCUGAAUUGUAAUAAAUCUGCAUAGUUUGCAUUUAACUGAAAAAUAAUUGCAGUUCAUUUCCUACCUUGUAGACUGCAGUAAAAAUAGUUUUAAAAGCUUCUUUCAGAACUAAAUGUUCCAGUUUCACACAAUGAUUUUAGUCACAGAACACUUACUUCAGAGCAGUGGCAUACUUUGUAGUCCAAUUAAUAAAACAUAAACUUUAGGAAUAACCAUUUCCCCACUGAGAGUCAUGUCUGAAGCAGAAGCUUCUGUAAAGGCUGUUUUUAGGCAGUUAUGAGGAAUGGUCAUGCAAAUACUAUUAACAGAAUCUGGUUCAUUCCCUGAGUUUUGCUGGCAGAAUGCAGGUUGCAAAGCACAGUGAUAAGAAGCAACACAAAUUGUCUGCAAUCCAGCUCUGCAUCCUCAGUUGUGUGGGAAGGCAUAACUAGGAUACCUGUGAAGUCCACUGGAGCUCUUCUGGAUCACCAAACAUAACUGCCUAGAAGAAAAGCUUAUGGCAUGUUGCGGAAUCACCAUCUAUGCUACCAUCCACUUCCAAGGAAGAAACUGCCUCAAUGGAAAGUGCAAACUACAAAUCCUGCACCUCUGGGAGAAUGUGUGUAUCGCCCCUCCCUGCCCUCACCCCCACCCCCAAGUCUGACCCAAACUAAUGUCUUGAUUCUCUUAGUUUAAAUAAAAUGUGUGUCCUGAAGUGUUAUGUCCCUGGAGGAGGGUGCUGGCUGACAGUAGAUUCAAGGUGACUUUCAACAGUUACACCUUAAUGUGGUCUCUUCGUUCCCAUUUGCUAUGACAUUCCCCUCAGGAGGCUGAGGGAUUGGAAAGCCAAAGGACAUCCUGUCAUUAGGGAGCAGCCUUUGAAAUUCAGCUGCCUCACUUCUCUCUCCCUCUGAAUCUUAGUUUAUUCAAAGGGUCUGUGUGCCUUAUGAUACCUUUGCAUACACAUGCUUGUCCUCCUCCAUAAGUAAAAUGUAAACCUCUUGUGACAUAAUUUUAGGUCAUAUUGUGUUUGCGUGUCAAAAAUAAUAGUAACUUUAAAGCCAGGAAAUUUAUGGCGCUUUGGGCCUGCACAAUACUCACGUGCGCCUUAGUCUCACUGCUGCUUUCAUCACUCCCCUCCCCCGUACUGACUUCCUUUGCAGUGCCUGGAGAAGUCAUUAGCAGAAGGUUUGCAGUUGAAGGUGAGGAACUUUUCAGGAUGGAGGCCUAAGGGCCAUAGCCUGUGUUGCAGUGCUUUCACACCACUUUCUUGUCCUGGCAAUUGGCCCUGUGUGACACCUGCACAAGGUGCACUUCUCCUAGUGUAAAUAUCUCUGCUGGGAAAUAGAAUUAUAAAGGAAACCACAGGUGGUCAGCAUGCAGAUGCAUGUUAAUGCUUUUACGUUACAUUUCUGUGAAUCAAUUUGGGCUUGGUGGGAAAGGGACUCUUAUGAGAGAGAGUGAAUGUAAAAAAUUAAACACAAGGAAGUAAUAGAAGAUCAGAGGAUCUUAAUUCAACUUCCAAAGAAAAUACAAUCAGUGCUUUUAGUGUGCAACUACAAAACAUAUAUUGUAAUUUGGCUGAAUCAAACUGAAGUGUCAUUUAAAAUGAAUAUGUUAAAUUGUUUAGCUGACCGUACUUAGUGUUUAAAUAACUGCCUGAUCACAGAUCAUCAAUUUAUUUAUCUAGUAUAACAAUUAUAUAAGUAACUACAGUUAGUUGAAUAAUAUAUAUUUAUGGUAAGAUAAGUGGUAUAGCAUCUAUGAACAAGAAAGUGAGUUGCUGCUUUGCUAGAAUGAAUAAUUCAGGCUAAAAUUAGGCAUUCAUAUAAAUUAAAAAUGGUCAGAAAAUGGGCGCAUACAAAGUGUGAUUUAUGCUUCCCUUUGAUCCUCACCGUAGGUCAGGAAAAGCAACUAAUGGGAAUCUGUAAGGGUUUAUCUACACUGGCAGGUUACUUUGUUGUACCUUUCUUGCUCAAGGGUGUGAAAAAACACCCAUUGUGCACCAAUGUAAACAGCUGUACAAUGCAAACAGACAAAGCCUUAAACAUGUUUUGAAGAGAGUUCUUUAACUGCCCCAUGGUUUAGACUUCAAGGGCAUGACCAGCAGUGCACACCAAAGUGUCUAUGCUGUAACUUCGCUAUGUGCACUCUGUGGAUACAAACUAAAAGGUUCCUAGUUUGCAUUAAUAUCUUUCUUUUUGAAAAGGACUAUGUUAAUGUGAACAGAGAGCCUUUUAGUUCAUGCCUGCAACAUCCACCCAGGAGAGUUACAGUGCAGCAUUUUGGUGCACACUGCUGUUCACACCCUUCUAGUAUGCAGGGCAGCACGGACGAGACUUAGUUGCUUUUCCGCUACUUUUCUUCUAACCCACUAUACCCUGUUGUGUUGCUUUUUGCACCGUUCUCAUCAUUGAAUUCAGACUAGAUACAUCUGUGAUAGUGCCCCCUGCAUGUAGCAGAUCUGAGGUUUGCUCUUGAUCUUAAAAGAGGUUCUUUUGGGGGGAAUAAAAUUCCUUUUAGAGACUGUUCUAUUCAAAGUAUUGAAUUGGAAUUUUAUCUUUUGUUAUAAAAAGAAAUUAUAUGUGAAUUAAUAAAACCUGACCAUGGCUCAUCCAUAAUGGAACUUGUCAUUUAUAUUUUCUGAAUUCUCUCUUGGCUAAAAUAAUGGAUCUCUUUUUGUGUAUUCCUUAUAUAAACUGGAGAUGGCAGAUGUUCUUUGUGCAAAUGCCAGGUCAUGUACUAAUGUAUCUUAGCAGUACAGCUUCUGCACUACUAUAUUCUUGCAUAAGAUGGCAAACCAGACCACAGCUUGAAUUUUAAGAAAAAAUUUACCACCAAUCAUAAGAAAUUGUCUGCUUAAUUUAGUGUGGCCAUGCUAUAUGAAUAUGAUAGAUAAUAUUGACAGAAGUUAUUCUCUGUUGUAAAUAUUUGUUAAAUGAAUGUCACUACUAAAUUGUACUUAGAAUUUAAUGAAGCAAUUGUUCUUUUCUGUCAAAAGAUUAAAAAAAAUACAAACAGCCGUGCUCAAGUCUUGACACUAGGAUCAGAAAAUAUAGGUAACAAUACCCUGCCAAAUGUGUGGAUUAACUGUACAGGAUCUCAGCGUAGGGAGCAAUCUAUCCCCAUUCCAUCCCUUUAUGUACUCUGUUUAUUUCUAACAUGAAUGGGAAUGUAAAAGUGUUCUUCUUCUGAGUCUUUUAGCUUGGAUGCUUCCAAGUUGGAGACUACCUCCUGAGACCUUAUUGGUGGAAUGCUUUUUGGAAUGUUCCAAGCUCCACGCCCAACCCCACCCUGGAAUGUGAGGUUAAAUGUUGGUGGCACACAGAGUUUGAAUAUUUAAAUUGUAGAGUUCCCUCAUACUGCAGUUUGAGAGAGCUGGCAAGGAUCAGCUCAGCUGCUGUCUGAGUCAAAGAGCAAAGAUGCUUGUGAGUUUUAUUCCCCUCCGCCCCCUUCGGAGUGGAGGUUCACUUACCCACUAUAGCCCGCAGAGGAGCAGUUUUCAAAAGGUUUUACCCAGCAAGCCUGUAACUGGUCACAAGCAGGUGCUGGCUUGUUAAAGACAGCCUCCUUCACAAAAAUAUUUUGUCACUUGUUUUGUGACAGUGUCUGAAAGGGAUGUCUGCAUUGCAAUAAAACUCCCUUGACUGGCCCUGGUCAUCUGACUCGGUCUCACAGGGCGUGGGCUCUCAAGCUCAGGCUGCAGCCGGGGCUCUGGGACCUUUCCACAUAGGCUUUAAAGUCCGGUGUCUGGCCCUAGCGUCAACAUUUGUGUGAUAAUAUUAUAACCAAGCAGCUCAAUCCAUAUAAGCCCAAGUCAGCUGACCCCGGAGAGCCACAGGUGUUUUACCACAAUGUAGACAUACUCUGAGAGACUAAUCAGCAUGUGAAAUGGAGCAUGUUUGUAAUGGGGUUUGCAAAAGGGAUGAGGGGCAAGAGGAACUGUUCCACACUGGUGAUGUGGCUUAUAAAGUUAGUGGUGACCUCUCUGCUGCUUUACAAGAAGCUUAUGUUUGAGUUUUACUCUAUCAAUGAGGACAGAGAUGAUGGAAAAUAGCGAAGGCAACAUGAGAAGCCUUUGAGAAGGAAAUGCCUGUAUUGCUGAACAACAGUUCCUUAGGUCAGUUAAGGACUGGCGUUAAUCAGCUGCUAGGGAAGUCAAGACCAACCGUCCUUACUUGGAAAAUAGUAACCUCAAUGACUGUGAAAUAGCAGACUGAAAAAAUACAUAGCAUUCAUGUUUGUGUAUAAUAUUCACUUGACUGGCAAAUAACGUGAGUGCCAGAGAGUUAAUGGGAAUCUGCCUGUUCAACAUCCAUUGAAUCAAUAAAUUAAUGCCUUCUCCCUGCCCC